AUGGUCGAGGACCUGUUGGACAAGGCUCGGAGGUUCCGAGAAGGAUUGAAGUCGGACCUUCGCAGCCAGAUGAUUUCGCUGAACCUAAGGGACUAUAAUGAGUUGUAUGAGCGGGCUCAGGCUAUUGAGCGAGAUCAGAAGGAAAGGGCUGCCGCCUCUGGAUCGCGGUAUGCCUCAGCUAGGGACAACUGCCACUUCGGCAAGAGGUCGAUGGCGGGGAAUAGGCGCUUUGUCCCUCCCGUCAAGAAAAAUAUCGGGAAGCCGAAUCACUACCAGAAUAGGAGCGGAGCGUGCUUUGGAUACGGUGGAUUGGGACACCAAGCGAGGGACUGUCCUAACAAUAGGCGGACUAGGCUGCCUAUGCUACCGCAGCUGCCCCGGAAUGGAAAUCAGAUGGGAGCUGCCCCGUCGACCAUUAAGAAUAGGCCGCCAGCUCAAGGGCGAGUAUAUGCGAUGGCAAGAAGGGAAGCUGAGGACACGCCUAGCGUGGUCAUAGGUACGGUCUCUCUCUGUGAUCAUGCUGCAUAUGCUUUGUUUAAUCCGGAAGCGUCGCAUUCGUUUAUAUCUGAGCAAUUCGUUAAAUUGACUGGAAUUGAACUGAAUCUACUAGAAGUUAUGCUAUAUGUUACCACGCCUUUGAAUGAUAAAGUAAUGAUCUCGUUAGGAUGCCCGGAUUGUAAGAUGGUGAUUGGAGAUAGAGAGGAAAUGAUAGAUUUGGCAGUCCUACCUAUGUUUGAUUUUGAUGUGAUUGUGGGAAUUGAUUGGUUGGUUAAAAAGAAAGCUUGGACACCCUAG